UCUUCAGUACCUGGAAGAAAUAAAUAUUUGAAUACAGAUGAAAAUAGAGCAGGUAUUAAAAAAAAAACCCUCAAACAUUAUAAAUCUGUUCAAAUCAUUUUUUCCAGGUUUCACUGAGACAUGUCCUGUCUUCUUUUUGUCCUGCAGCAUUGUGACUCAUCGUCACCACUUUCCUUUGACCUUUUUAUUUGUAUUAAUCAUCUCUUCAACAACCUGUCUUGAAAAAAAAAAAGUUGUAUUAAUAUAUGAACAUGCAGUUUGAAUGACUGUUGUUGGACCAUCACUGUUGCCUAGAUCUCAGUUAUACUGGAUAGCCUUGUACUGUACCAAAUCUGGAUUUCAAUGCUGGCAUUCCAAUAAAUGCCAAGGAGAUAUUUCUACAGUUGUAAUUUCUUUUUUUGUUUUUUUCAGCUUGCACUUUGGAGAAUUACAUGAUAAUCUUGGGGUUGGAGGGAAAAAAAACACGUCCUCUGUGUUAAAUGUGGCGACUAUAUUCAACACAACACAGCUAUUUUAGUGUGAGUGUAAAACCCCCCUGUAACUGUAUCCCUUCAAACUCACCAACACAUGAUGCAAGCGUUUAUUUCUAUUCAGGCGUUUCAUGCACCUGAUUGGUCGGUGUGUAGGAAAUGCGGUCAUAUAUUUCUUGCAGCAGUAGAGUAAUGGAUACAUGGAUCUACAGCUCAGCCAACGAGUAAAUCAUCAUUUACUUUUUAUAUUUAAACAUGAAACGCUGUAGAAAGCAAAGAAAUGAAUAAGGUGGAAGAAGCAGAGUUUUGUUGUGUAAAAACAAAUUCUUAAACAGAAAAGUUUGGAGAGAAAGACCAUGUCUCCUGCAGAGAGGACAAAGGUACUCCUCUUCUUGGCUUUGUUCUUUGGAGCAGUGGGAUUUCUGUUCAUGCUGCUCUCCUGUGGGACAGAGUACUGGCUGCUGGCUGCUGAGUCCUGCAGCCGGCCGGAGGACAGACACUGGGUCAGUGGCCUGAGGGAGGGGAAGAGCAAUACCAAGGCUGCAGACAGGGUGAGGGUCUUUCAUGAGGGUCUGUUUUGGCGGUGCUCCUUCACAGUCACUUCCCCUGAAUUCUCUUCAUGGGACCAGUGGAUCUUAAAUCAGCCGUCGUCGAAGGUUUGCCAUGCCGCGUUCCUCUUCCCAUUUCCUGUUUAUGAGCCAGGGACAGCAUGGGUGGAACCGCACAGUUUACCCAGAGAACCCUACGAGCAUCACUCUGCCAUUGUUUAUAGGACCUUCUGGAGCAUCUUUCUCGUCACAGGAGUGCCGGCCGUCCUCUUCGGUGGAUUUAUUGUUAUCUGUGCUGGCCCACUGACCAAUCACAAGCUCUAUAAAGCGGGCGGGACACUUCUGCUUUGUGGUGGCCUGUGUCUGCUGGCAGUGGUGCUGAUGUAUCUGAUGUGGGUCCAGGUCCUGGACACUCUGGAGCAGUUUGCCCUCCAUCAGAGACUUUCCAACUGCCCCUCCUUCCACCUCAGCGUCCAGCACGGUCCCUCAUUCCUUUUGGCUCCAGUAGCCGUCUUCUUCUGCCUGCUGGCUGGCCUGCUCUUCAUCCUGGUUGGCCGACGUAUUCGUUGGAUACAUCUGGAUGAAAACAAAAUCCCUCAACUAUGAACACCUGUUGUUUUUCUGUGAACUCCUCUAAAAUACAGAGGAUCCAGUGUAAUCAAGUUUAGCAUGUAUUGAAACUUGAAAUUUUAACUCCAGACCAAGACCAUCACCACACACUCUCUCUUAAUAUCAUCACACUCAAAGGCAGCCAUGAGAAGUCUCUGUUCCUAGCUCUUUUUAUAUGUAAAGGACAUGUUUCUUUUAUUUACAGCUGGAGUUUGUAGGUGGAGUAAAGAACACCACCCACAGAAACUGAAAAAUCAA